CCGCCUCCACAGGAGAGCGCAGCUGCUGAAGAUGCGGAGGCUCUCUCACACGCAUGCAAGGAUGCAUCAGAUGGGCAUGCCGUUUCAUGUGAGCUGCUAGCAUGUCACAGCUCUGGACAAUCGAUCCGCGAUGACGACGCACCGGGCGUAACGGCAUGAAGUCGUUGGAAGAGCCGGGCGGGUGGCACAGGCAGGCGUAGAUCGUGCGGCGGCGUGAGUAAGGGAGGAAAGAGAAGAGCGGAUACAUGAGGAUCAUCCAUAUCUCCUUCACCUUUCCCUUCACCACCACAAGCCCCACCAAUUAUCACAUUUCACUCAUCCCCCAAACAACUACACGAUGUCUGCUAUUCAGAUUCAAAAAGGAAAGGACGCUGUUUUGUCCAAGACUGACGACGAUGUCGUCAUUGUCUCCGCUCUCCGCACCGCCCUGACUAAGGCGAAGAAGGGUGGACUCUCCCAGGCUGCCCCCGAGGAAUUGCUCGGCAAUGUCAUCAAGGGCGUGCUCGCUCAGUCCAAAGUUGACCCCAAGCUUGUAGAGGAUGUCGCCGUCGGCAAUGUCCUUCCCCCCGGCGGUGGUGCUACUGUCGCACGCAUGGGCGCCCUUUGGGCCGGCUUGCCAAACACUACUGCAGUCAACACUGUCAACAGGCAAUGCUCUUCCGGUCUUGCCACGGUCAACCAGAUUGCCAACGAGAUCAAGGCUGGACAGAUCGACAUUGGUAUCGGUGCUGGUGUUGAGAGCAUGACUCUCCACUACGGAGCUGGCGUCAUGCCGGAGAAGAUGUCAGAUGCUGUCAUGGAGAACGACGAGGCUGCUGACUGCUUGGCGCCCAUGGGUAUCACUUCCGAGAAUGUCGCCAAAGAGUACGGCAUCUCCCGCGAGGCCCAGGACAAGUUCUCGGCAGAGAGCUACAAGAAGGCCGCUCAGGCUCAGAAGGAUGGCAAAUUCAAGAGCGAGAUUGUCACUGUAAAGUACACUGAUGACGAGGGCAAUGACCGAACAGUCGACAGCGACGAUGGCAUUCGUGACGGUGUCACUGCUGAAUCUCUUGGCAAGCUCAAGCCCGCUUUUGACAAGAACGGUUUCACCACCGCCGGAAAUGCUUCUCAGGUCAGCGACGGAGCAGCUGCCGUUCUCUUGGCUCGCCGCAGCGUCGCCAAGAAGCUCGGUCUGCCCAUCCUCGGCAAGUUCGUCACUGCCUCUGUCGUUGGUGUCCCCCCCAACGUCAUGGGUAUCGGACCCGCUUUCGCCAUUCCCAAGGUUCUCGAGCUGGCCAACAUCAAGAAGGAGGAUGUGGACAUUUACGAGAUCAACGAAGCUUUCGCUUCUCAAGCCGUCUACUCGAUCGAGAAGCUGGGUCUGGACUACAAGAAGGUCAACCCUGUGGGUGGUGCCAUUGCUUUCGGGCACCCUCUUGGUGCAACCGGAUCUCGUCAAAUCGCUACCGCGUUGGCAGAGGCGAAGCGCGAGAACAAGAAGAUCAUCGUCACCAGCAUGUGCGUGGGAACCGGCAUGGGCAUGGCAAGUUUGAUCGUCAACGAGCAGUAGACGAAGAUCACUCGACCUUGCGCACCUAUCCGACGCCUCUCGCACGACGACUUCCUUCGCUUCGUAGUACCGACGUUUCAAAAUACAAUGUGGUGACGAUGCGCUCACGAAAUGGAUAGCUUUCUCUCUAAAACUAUCGGUAGCGGUAUCCUGAUCGUGACGUGAGGAC